UUUGCAUUUUAGCAAAAAAAAAACUAAAAACAGUAGUCAAGAGAGUGAGAGAGAUCUGAAAGAAAAGGAUCGUUAUAUUCUAGGGCUUUAGAUAAUCUUUUAUGUUUCAAUUUGUUUCUCUGCAAAUAGUUUCUGUUUUGUGUGUUAGUGUUGAGGAAAAAAAAUGGAAGGAACAGAGCAGUGGAAGUAUCAAUUGGAGCAGUGGAAGAAUCAAUUUGAGCAGUGGAAGAAUCAAUUGGAGCCGUGGAAGAAUCAAGCGACGCAAUGGUUGAACCAAGGGAUUGAAUAUAGUCAUCAGAUUCCUCCAACCCAGCUCUACUCUGCUCUCGCUGUUUUGUUAUUCACAAUCCUCUUCUUCCUAUUCAUUCGGUUGUUCAAACGUGCGAAAUCGGAUACAAUUGUGUUAACUGGGCUUAGUGGGAGUGGGAAAACUGUUCUAUUCUAUCAACUUCGGGAUGGCUCUUCCCAUCAGGGUACUGUUACAUCAAUGGAACCAAAUGAGGGCCUGUUUGUGCUUCAUUCUGAAACAACAAAGAAGGGAAAAAUAAGGCCUGUUCAUCUGGUUGAUGUUCCUGGACAUUCUCGUCUUCGACCCAAGCUAGAUGAGUUCUUGCCUCAAGCAGCAGGAAUUGUUUUCGUGGUGGAUGCUCUGGAAUUCUUACCAAACUGCCGUGCUGCUUCAGAGUACCUGUAUGACAUCUUGACUAAGGCAAGUGUCGUGAAGAAGAAAAUUCCAGUUCUCAUUGUCUGCAACAAAACAGACAAAGUGACAGCACAUACCAAGGAGUUUAUCAGGAAACAGAUGGAGAAGGAAGUUGACAAAUUAAGGGCAUCAAGAAGUUCAAUUUCGGAAGCUGACAUUGCAAAUGACUACACACUUGGGAUACCUGGAGAAGCAUUUUCUUUCUCUCACUGUGAUAACAAAGUUACUGUUGCAGAAGCUUCUGGUUUGACUGGUGUGACAAAUCAGGUGGAACAGUUUAUCAGGGAACAUGUAAAGGCCUAGCAAGAUGUUCUCUAGAUUUCUUGAACUGUGAUGUUUUUGCCUCUAGAGCUUGCUUGAGUAUUCAUGCUGUUUGGAAAAGCUCUAGGAAGCUUUAGACUCCCAAUUGAACUUCAAGGAGAGAAACGAGGGGAAAAAAGUGGGCAGAGAUCCAUUUGGGUGCAUGGUAGUGGUCUGGUCAGUGAAUUUGACAAUGAGACACAAUUGAAUAUGUUAUUUUAUUUAAUUUAAAAAUCUAGGAGUAUUGACUGUAGUUGGAGUAA